UUUGUAAUUCUUAUCAAUCAACACACGCCCAGUAAAUUAAGAAACUGAAACUCAAGCGUUAUUAGGAUUAUUACAGGAUACUGGCCAUUUACUACUGAAUCAGUACAUAGCGGUGCUAUAUAAGGAUGGGAAUAUUGAACAGAUGUAUCAUUGUGAUAUAUUAGUAUUAGGUACCAAUACGUGUAUCAUCCAAGAUGUUCUGGCAGCUCGUACCAAUCCUGUGCCUGGCGAUGGUGGCGCUGAAUGAAGGGCGUGGCGUGGCCUUGUCUGAGCAGAAAGUUGUACUGAAAAAUGAAAAGAGUGAAAAACCUCAUGAGGAAUACGCCUGGUCGCAUCCCUCAUACGAGUUCUCGUACAAAGUGGAAGACGAGCACACCCACGACAUCAAGGGCCAGGCCGAGCACAGGGACGGAGACGACGUGAAGGGAGAGUACUGGCUCAUCGAACCUGAUGGUCGCAAGCGGUUGGUCAAGUACAGCUCUGACAAACACAGCGGAUUCAACGCAUACGUUGAUUACUCGGCGCCCCACCAACACGUCUACCAUAAGAGCAAACUUGAUGAUUGAGAAGUAGGUUUCAUCCAGCGGUAUUCUUACCCAACUAGACUAAUGGCAGCGAAGGAAACGUCAGGAUCUCUCAGUGAUAUUAUUUAUACUUAGAUACUAUAUUUAUUAAUUACAAUAGCAGAAUGUAAGAAUUAUAAUUCAGAGAGCUCAAUAACGUGUUUGAU